AUGACGAAGAACCUGAAUAAGAUCACCAAGAAGCUCUCCCAGAAAAAGGGGAAGCUAGACUCUCUCCACGAGAAGAGUAGAGAUGCAAGGCGCCUGCGCCGAGCAGGUGGGAGGGAAGAGAAAUUGGCCCGAGCAGCAGCUACGACGAUGAAGGGAAGACAAACUUAUGUUGAUAGAGUAGUCUACUUUAGUGAUUGCAUAAAGGAUCUUGAAACACCUCCAACAUCAGAAGAUGUCGUCAAACUACUACAACAAUACCUAGAUCGCCUAAAGCCAGAGCUAAAAGAGCAGCAGGACGCCCAUAGAAAAGGCCGGCCACCAAGCAAGCGCCAGGAAGUACUGACAGAAAAGAUUGCAGCGGAAGAAAAAGAAUACGAGACGGGCUUCUGGAUGCCCGACCUAGAGUCUGAGGACAACAUGAAGCGGCUGCGUAACUGGAAUCAGGAGUGGUCUGCAAUGAGCAAUCUCAAGUUUGUUAGGCUGACCAAAGACGGAGGCAAGCGGCCGUCGCUAUUCCCGCCAAAGGGCCUUUCCUAA